AAAAAGAUACUCCCACACAAGACAAGCGUCGAUUGCCCCCCAUCCGUGGCUGCGCGUCCGCCGGUGGCCGGGGGUUCUAAUCCGAGCGAUUCCCAAUCCCAACCGCCGCUGGAAGACCCCGCAGCUCCACGACAGCGCGGGCAGACAUGGCGCCCGUGCUACCUGCGCCGCCGGCGGUGGCGGCUCCUCCCACCUUCUGCCGCGUCUCUAUCCCGGCCCGCAGCGCUUCCCCCUCCUCCUCCCCCGUCAGAAACCUUCGCAGGUUUGCGGCCAGGAGCGGCGGCGGCGGCGGCGGCCGUCCCGAGCCCAAAGCAGGUGAUGAUGAGAGCAAGGCCGUCCUUGACGCCUUCUUCCUCGGGAAGGCCUUGGCGGAGGCGCUGACGGAGCGGGCCGAGUCGGUGGUGGGCGAGGUGUUCAGCGUCGUCGGGCAGUGGCAGGCGGAGCAGCAGAAGCAGGUCCAGGAAUUUCAGGAGGAAGUAGUUCAGAGAGCCCAAAAGGCUAAGGAAAGAGCUGCUGAGGAGGUCGUUGAUGAUAAGGGACCAAAGACUCUAAAGGGACCUUCAACAACAAUCGUGACGCCUGCACCUACGCCUCCUCCUUCUCCUAAUAUUCCCACACAGGCAGAACAGUUAUAAGCGGCGAUGAAGAGUUAGUGCUGCAUGUAGACUCACUUUGUGCUCCAAGAAAGUGAUGAAAUUCUCCUAUGAUAUAUGUAUUGAUCAAGUUGUCCUUUCUUUGAUAGUGAAUAUCCAGAAUAUCAACUAGAAAAAUCUAUGGUACAAGUUCCGAGAUGAAUGGAAUAAAAAUCUGUUAGUUUACUACA